AUGGGAAAAGAUGAGUUGCCUGCGAGAAGUCCAGCAGAGGAUUACACAGCACCUCUCUCACCAAUCACCUCCAUUGAGCCGCCAGUAAUAACCGCUUCAUCACAAAACCAACGAACCGCCGAGAAGACUCAAGAUGAUAUCGCCUCCGAAGAAACCCCCGGAGCCCAACAAGCAGACCCCGAGAACCUGACCCGCCAACCCUCCGGCCCGGCCUACAGCGUCUUCUUCCCGUCCACGAAGCGAUGGGUAGCCUUCAUGGCCUCCGUCGCCUGCUUCGUGCCCCCGAUGUCCGCCAACAUCUACUACCCCGUCCUCGCCCCCAUCGCCUCCGACCUCGACGUCUCCGUCGCCGCCGUCAACCUCACCGUCACCUCCUACAUGAUCCUCCAGGCCAUCUCCCCCACCAUCUUCGGCGACUUCGGCGACAUGGCCGGCCGCCGCCCCGCCUUCCUCGUCGCCUUCGCCAUCUACCUCGUCGCCAACAUCGGCCUCGCCCUCCAGCGCAACUACGCCGCCCUCCUCGUCCUCCGCAUGCUCCAGUCCGGCGGCAGCAGCGGCGCCAUCGCCCUCGGCUUCGCCAUGGUCGCCGACAUCUCCGUCAGCUCGGAGCGCGGCAAGUACAUGGGCAUCGUCGGCGCCGGCAUCAACGUCGGUCCCACCAUCGGCCCCGUCCUCGGCGGCGUGCUGACGCAGUACUUCGGCUGGGCCUCCAUCUUCUGGUUCUGCGUCGCCCUCAUCGGCGCCUGGCUCGUCCCGUACGCCCUCUUCAUCCCGGAGACCUGCCGGGGCGUGGUGGGGAACGGGUCCGUCCCGGCGCAGUCCUGGAACCGGCCCCUCAUGGACCUGAUUCGGCGCCGGCGCCGGGGCGGAUCGCUGGAGAGGACGGACUCGGCGGCCGGGCGGCCGAAAAGGAAACUCCGGUUCCCGAAUCCCCUGCGCGCCGUCAAGAUCAUUUUCGAGAAGGAGAUGGCGGUGAUUCUGAUUUACAACUCGUUGUUGUACGUCGCCUUCAUCGACGUGGCGGCCACGCUGGGCACUCUGUUCCGUGAGAUCUACGGCUUCAACGAUCUCCAGCUCGGGCUGUGCUACCUCCCGUACGGCGCGGGAUGCUGCGUGGCCAGCCUCGGCCAGGGGUACGUCCUCGACUGGAACUACCGGCGGAUCGCGCACAAGAUCGGGUUCACCAUCGACCGCCGCCGUGGCGACGACCUCAGCAAGUUCCCCAUCGAGAAGGCCCGCCUGCAGCCCGUCUACCCGGCGGUGGCCGUCGGCCUGAUCGCCGUGGUGGCGUACGGAUGGGUCCUGCACCUCGAGACGAGCGUCGCGGCGCCGCUGGUGCUGCAGAGCGUCAUCGGGCUCACGAUCACCGGGUCGUUCAGCAUCAUGAACACGCUGAUCGUGGACCUGUAUCCCGAGGCGCCGGCCACGGCCACGGCCGCGAACAACCUCAUCCGGUGCACGAUGGGGGCCGUGGGCACGGCGGUGAUCGAGUACAUGAUUCAGGGCAUGGGGAGGGGGUGGUGCUUUACGUUCAUCGCCGCGUUGUGCGCGGUCUUGAGCCCGAUGUUGUUUUGGAUUGUGAAGAAGGGGCCUGGUUGGAGGAAUGAGAGGCGGCUGAAGGAGGAGGCUUCGUGA